UGAAGAUUCUACAGCAUAAAACACAGCUUUUCCUCGCUGUCAAGUUUCUUACAGGAGGUGAAGAGAAUUCAUUUUGAAUUCGAAUUCUUUCUUUUCGUAUGGAAAGAGCACCAUCAGCUAAUCUUCUAGGGGAGCAAGCAUGGCUAGUUUACUACGUAAAUUUUUCAUCCAUCCAGCUGACUUUAACUGUCCGGGAAAAUUCAAUAGAUUAAAUCUCUUAACAUGUUAGAUUGGUGCGUGUGUUUUGUGGGUAAACAUGUUAGAUUACAAUUAUAACUGCAAACAGCACCAACUGGAGGAAAUUUUUUAUUUUUCCUAAAGUCAUGAUGUUCAGAACUUUAUUUUUUCCCCGGAAAGUAAAGCAGAUAUGAUGGGCAGAAACUAAUAUGCGAAAUAAAAACAGCCCUUUUUGGUUGGAUGAAUUAAGAACUUUGCAACUUGGAAGAAUGGUAGGCAAAGUGAUGCUUUGCCCAUCUUUGGGGCAAACCCAACAAGAAGAGAAAGGAAUUGCAGCCAUUUCUUUGAAUUGAAGGAACUCCUUUAUAAAUGAAAAGGAAGAGCAAAACCACUAAAUAAAGAAUUUGACAGUACAAGUUUUCUUUGAUUAAAGGUUAGAACCAUUCAUAGCUUAUAUAUAUUUCUCUCUUGAGCACAAUAAGGGUGACCAAAGCUUGUCUCUCUCUCUCUUCCUGAUUCUAAACCUUCAAAGGCAGGCCAUGGCUUCUGGAGCAGGAAAAUCAGCAGCAUUCCUCCUCUUAAUUCUCAAUCUCAUACUGUAUGGCAUUGUCAUCAUAAUGGCUGCGUGGGCUGUAAAUCAUGGGAUUGAAAGAUCUCAAGAAUCAGCUUCUGUGUUGUCAAUCCCAGCUCGCAUUUUUCCAAUAUAUUUUCCAUUUGGUAAUAUGGCCACUGGUUUUUUCGUCAUUUUCUCGUUCAUCGCUGGCAUUGUGGGCUUCACAACCUCACUUACCGGAAUCCAUAAUGUCAUUCAAUGGAAUGCUCCAAACUUAUAUGCAGCUGCUGCCUCUUCUCUCUUGACUUGGUCACUUACAUUACUUGCCAUGGGAUUGGCUUGCAAAGAGAUUCAUAUAGGCUGGACAGAUUCAAACUUGAGAACCCUUGAGACCAUCGUCAUUCUUCUAAGCGGGACACAACUAUUUUGCAUGGGUGCUAUUCAUGCUGGGGUUGAAGAUGUCAUCGCGCGACAGAGGUACCAUUGAGGAAGAGCUAAGCAUCGUUACAGCAAAAUGUAUCGCCCAGAAUUAUUAUCAUACAUUUCUCAAAUUUCUUUUCUUUAAGAGAAUUGCAUAUGUUUGAUGUACAUUUGCCCUCAUUAAAAGGGAGUGUGGAAGCUCUGAUAUCCUUAUUUUUAUGAGUGAUUUUAAAUAUUUCAAGCAAUGUCUGAGCAAUUUAUUAAUGAGAUGACAGCCUAUUCAAAAACUUCUA